GGCCACUGCCGCUGGCCGCUGAACAGGCAGCCCAACUUCCUCUCCUCUUGCACCGCCCUCCCUGCCCGCCCUCCCCUGCCUGGCGCCGGAGGGAGGCUGUUUUUCCACUCACGGCUUGCUGCACGAGUUCCAUCCUGUUUCUUUCCUCUGCUUCCCUGGAGUUUAAAACUUCUUUGAAAACACCAUCGAAAACACCACCGGCCCCAGGCCCUGCUGGUCUCAAGCUUCCUGCUCCGGUGCAGAAGAAAGCACGAGGGAGCCCGUGGACGGCACUUGGGGGGCCCGCCCUGCAGGCCCACGCCCCGCUGGGGCUGGAGCCACUGGUUGGCACCGCAGCUGGCCCCAGGAAGCACCAGGCUGGACACUGGAGGGAAUAAAAUGGCAAGACCAUGCCCUGCCUUCAGAUACCCACCAGCCUCCACUCCCUCCUAGUCCCAUCAGGAACCAUCGAUCCUGGUCUCCCCCACCCCCAGCCUUGCCGACGGUCCCCGCACUGACGCAUCACCAUGGCAGCCCUGAUUGCAGAGAACUUCCGCUUCCUAUCACUCUUCUUCAAGAGCAAGGACGUAAUGAUUUUUAAUGGGCUGGUGGCACUGGGCACAGUGGGCAGUCAGGAGCUGUUCUCCAUGGUGGCUUUCCACUGCCCUUGCUCACCUGCCCGGAACUACCUGUAUGGGCUGACAGCCAUCGGUGUGCCGGCCCUGGCGCUCUUCCUCAUCGGGGUCAUCCUCAACAACCACACCUGGAACCUAGUCGCCGAGUGUCAGUACCGGAGGACCAAGAACUGCUCGGCCGCCCCCAACUUCCUCCUCCUCAGCUCCAUCCUGGGCCGUGCAGCUGUGGCCCCUGUCACCUGGUCUGUCAUCUCCCUGCUUCGAGGUGAGGCCUACGUGUGUGCUCUCAGCGAGUUUGUGGACCCAUCCUCCCUCACAGCCGGGGAGAAGGGCUUCCCACCAGCCCAUGCCGCCGAAAUCCUGGCCAGGUUCCCUUGCGGGGAGGAACCUGCCAACAUGUCGGGCUUCCGGGAGGAGGUCACCCGCAGGCUCAAGUAUGAGUCCCAGCUCUUCGGGUGGCUGCUCAUCGGCGUGGUGGCCAUCCUGGUGUUCCUGACCAAGUGCCUCAAGCGCUACUGCUCGCCGCUCAGCUACCGCCAGGAGGCCUACUGGGCGCAGUACCGCACCAGCGAGGACCAGCUCUUCCAGCGCACGGCGGAGGUGCACUCCCGGGUGCUGGCCGCCAACAACGUGCGCCGCUUCUUCGGCUUCGUGGCGCUCAGCAAGGAGGACGAGGAGCUGGUGGCCAGGUUCCCGGUAGAAGGCACACAGCCUCGGCCGCAGUGGAACGCCAUCACCGGCGUCUAUCUGUACCACGAGAACCUGGGCCUCCCGCUCUACAGCCGCCUGCACAAGUGGGCUCAGGGUCUGACGGGCAACGGGGCAGCGCCCGAGACCGUGGAGAUGGCCCCGCUCGCCUCCUAGGGGUCUGGCCCCCACCCUCUCUGCAGGGGAUGGUACUUGGUCUCAAACUGAACUCCAUGCCUGCUCCCACCAGCAUCAGAAGGGUUUUUUUUUUUCACUUGGGG